CCGGCGCCCGUCGACUUCUCCCAGCUCGACCCCGGCAAGCCCGAGAGCAUCCUGAAGAUGACCAAGAAGGGCAAGACGCUCAUGAUGUUCGUCACGGUGUCCGGGCACCCCACGGAGAAGGAGACGGAGGACAUCACCAGCCUCUGGCAGGGCAGCCUCUUCAACGCCAACUACGACGUGCAGAGGUUCAUCGUGGGCGCGGACAGGGCCCUGUUCAUGCUCCGGGACGGGAGCUACGCCUGGGAGGUCAAGGACUUUCUGGUGGCCCAGGACCGCUGCGCUGACGUGACCCUGGAGGGGCAGGUGUACCCCGGCCGGGGCGCGAGCAAGGACGGGAACAGGGCCCAGCGGCCGGCCGGUCAGCGGAGGGAAGACCUGUGAGGCCCACCGCGGCGUCCAGCCCCCUCCCAGAGGACCUGCGGCAAGCCCGCUUCAGCCAGCGCGGGGCUGGCCGGCGAAAGGCCUCAGGUGGGGGACAGGUCAGUGAUGGACGCUGCCCGGCGUCGGGCUCCCAGGACCGAGGCCCCGUUGGGUGGCGUCCGGACCCUGCGUCCCUGGGCCG